CCUCGUGGGCGGAGUUUGCGCAGUCGCCCCUAACUCAGCGGUCUCCUUCCCCACCCCUGACCACGGCAUUUGAGCCAACACGCACUUCCUGCAAGGCCUCUUGCGAGCACCUUGGCCGAGCCGACCGGAUUCGAGCGCGCCCAGCUCUUUGCACAUAGUCGCGAUGGUGGACGAGCUUGUGCUGCUGCUGCACGCACUCCUGGUGCGGCACCGCGCUCUGAGCAUCGAGAACAGCCAGCUGAUGGAACAGCUGCGGAUGCUGGUGUGCGAGAGGGCCUGCCUGCUGCGCCAGGUACGUCCGCCGAGCUGCCCGAUUCCCUUCCCUGGAACGUUUAACGGCGAGAGCUCCCGGCUCCCUGAGUUUAUCGUGCAGACGGCCUCUUACAUGCUCGUGAACGAGAACCGAUUCUGCAACGAUGCCAUGAAGGUGGCGUUCCUCAUCAGUCUGCUCACCGGGGAAGCGGAGGAGUGGGUGGUGCCCUACAUCGAGAUGGAUAGCCCCAUUCUAGGAAAUUACCGGGCCUUCCUGGAUGAGAUGAAGCAGUGUUUCGGCUGGGAUGACGACGAAGAUGACUUCGACGACGAUGACGAGGAUGAUUACUAGGCCCGGAGCCCCCGAGGCCCCCGGAGGGGGAGGGGGAGCCAUGCACGCAGCCACCCCCCCUCGCCACCCCCACCCCUCGCUCGCUCCCCACACCUGGAGCUGCU